GCCAGGGUAACAAGUCGUGUUACAACAUACAGCAGUUCGUCGUUUCCUUCGUUGCUCAGAAUGCUUACACUUCCAUACCCAAAGCAUACUUCUAGGAAUUAGAGCGCUCAAAGAUUAUUUGCAUGUUUCGCAGCAUAUCAACGUGAAAAAACAAAUGAGAGUGUGUUGUUCCUUGUAUAAACUUGAGUGACGGACAGGCAGUACAGUGUAAACGAAAGCUAUAUCUCCAUGUAUGCCAUGGUAACAAAUUCGCAAACCUUUCCAAGAUGCGCAUCUGCCACUGGAAUGAAAGGCCUUUCCCAUUCUAAUCACUAACUGAAGUUAAGCAAUGGCCGCUGACACAGCUGCGGAGAAAAGGGCAAACCUGCUCGCCUCCAGGGCGAGAUGGGGGAAGGCACACAGACCUGCUGACAAGCCCCCAAACACUGGAGGAACAGGAGACUACAAGCAAGACAGCAUCCAGCAGUGGCUUAUUUCCAUUAACAGGGUUGAUGAGAAAGUUGAACCAGUUCAGAAGUCUGCAGCGGAGCCUCUGCGGAGAAAUGCUAGUGCUGAGGAUGACUUAGUGCUGGGCGUGGAAGCAUCUAUAUAUGGUAAUCCAGGAGCCAGGACUGUCAAGGAGUUUUUGCGGUCGUCACUGUCCAGCUCUACUCUACCCCGGUGGAACAGCUUGACCUCAGCCUUCUCUACGCAGUCCAGCCCAUUGAGUGUCAUGGAUGUGCUGAACCUGUGGAGCGAUGACCCUGAGGAGGUGCUGUUUGACCUCGGUUUCGGCGUUGAGGAACCGGACAUCACGGGACGGAUCCCUGCCCGCUUCAUCAACAACCAGUCCCAAGCCCGCGGGAUCAAUCUACAGGUGUUUCUGGACGCCCAGAAGAACCGUAUGGACAUCGAAAACCCAGAUGUCAGAAAUCGAUUCCGGCAGUUGGAGGUUCUCCACCAGGUCACCACUGCCUUCAACUCCCUGGUGGGCGGAGGUGCCGGUGGGGGUCCGUCGAGCUCGCAGGCGGCCCUGGCCAACAUGUCCCCCGAGGCGCGGGAGAAGAGGAAGCGCAUGGGCAUGCUGCUGCGCCGGGCCUCCAAGAAGACGCUGACGCAGGCCAGGGCCUCCCAGGAGCGGCCGCUCAGCCCAGUCGCAGACUCCCCCGCCGACCCUACAGCCGACCCCGAGCAGCCCGCACCACCGCCGACGCCUGUGGCCACGCACCUGGCCGAGAAGCGCGGCGUCCUCAAGCGCUCCAGGACGAGCCUGGUGGAGAACGGCAGCCUCGCCCCUCUGGUGGAGGAGCAGGGGCCUCUCCAGGAGCCCUCCGAGGUCCAGCCCCAGACCGUGGUGUCGCCCUUGGGCCUCCAAGAGAGCCCUGCCAGGCUGAGGGGCAUCAGGGAGCCCCGGUCCCUGGUUCCUACCCCUCCACUCAGGAAGAGGAGCCCAGGAGAGCCCAUGGAGUCUUUUGAACUGGAGGAGAUCCAGAGCUUCGAUGAGGGCAGUGUGUCUGGCAGUGUGACUGGGAUGGCAGACUGCAUAGGCGAGAGUGAACGCGGGUUCCUGUCACGAGGCGAGUCCAGCGUGGUCCGAACCAACAGCUGCCAGUCGGACAGUAGCGGGUUCUUGGAAGAACCUUUCAUCCCCGUCGCGUCCCAGGCUCCCUCCCCAGGCCCGGAGCUCAUGAAGGCGCUGAAUGCCAUGUCUAGCAGCACAGAGAGCCAGGGGACGCUGAGGGGAAGCCAGGAACCCUCGCCCACCUCGCCCACCUUCCCCGACCCCCUCUUCUCCUCGCUCCCUCCCGCGCCCCACCCAGACGCCCCCACCUCCGACCCGGCCGAGUCCACCGCAGCUCCUGCGGGCGAGGAGAGGCCGGCGACCCCCCCAGACGCCCCCCCGGAGGUGCUGCCUGCGGGUUCGUCCGUGGACCCGACGGGCGGCGAAUACGACGCUGCUUCUGCUGAGGUCAGAGAGGAUGCCAGUGCCAUGGGCGCUGACCAGUCCUGUCAGAAUCUAGAGUGCGUUGGCUGUGUGAACACUGACAGCCGACGGUCCAGUUAUACUGCGGAGGACCAGUCCUGUCCAUUCUUAGAGUCCUGUCAGAACUUAGAGUGCGUUGGCUGUGUGAACACUGACAGCCGACGGUCCAGUUAUGCUGCGGAGGACCAGUCCUGUCCAUUGUUAGAGUCCUGUCCGAAAUUAGAGUGCGUUGGCUGUGUGAACACUGACAGCCGACAGUCCAGUCAUACUGCGGAGGACCAGUCCUGUCCAUUGUUAGAGUCCUGUCAGAACUUAGAGUGCGUUGGCUGUGUGAACACUGACAGCCGACGGUCCAGUUCUGCUGCGGAGGACCAGUCCUGUCCAUUCUUAGAGUCCUGUCAGAACUUAGAGUGCGUUGGCUGUGUGAACACUGACAGCCGACGGUCCAGUUCUGCUGCGGAGGACGUGACAUGUGAUGGGGCCAGUGUGACUGCUGAGAGCCCGGAGGGAGGUGAACAACCUUCAUCUGAACUGGACAAUGAGCCACGGCCGCACGUCAGGGAACGUGCCAUCAGUGUGGUCCUUGAACCAACGCUCAAUGAAGAGGGUGUUAGUAAUGUACGUGAUGAAGGCUCGACCGGCGAGGUCUCGGCUCGUGACGGAGUUGUCAGUCUGAUCGUGAGUGUGAGUGCAAUAAAGGAACGUGAGGUGAGUGAAUGUCGCGAGGCUGAGGAGGAGGAGGAGGAGGGUGUGGAGCGUGUGGUUAGUCAGCAAGCUGUGACCGAGCAUGUGCAGUGUGAACCUGUGGUCAGUGAGACAGCAGACAGUCAGAGCAAGGCAAGUGAAUCUGCGGCUUGUACCGUAAAUGGCAACGCUAGCAAGAGUGUGGUUAGCAAAUGUGAGAAUGUUAGCGAACACACUGUCAGGGAAGAUGCGCCAAACCAAGGCGCACAGAUGUCCACCACAGAAACAUCUCAACUUGUAGACUCCCAUGAACUUUCAAAUGGCUCAUCGGUUGACGGGGAUAGUGCACUUAUGGAGGGGACGUCAGUAGACGGAGAUAGUGUCCCUAUGGAACCUUCCAGAACAGACGGAAGGCCUCGUCUUCCGGGACGGUCGGUGUCGGUGCAGAUGCGCUCGUCGCUGGUGCCCGCUUCCCAGACUGCCCUUAGGAAAGGCGUCGCCCAAGACACUCUCAGUGAUGUGGCACAGAGGCGGGACGCUUUCUCCAGGAGGGCGUGGUCUGAAGCCGAAAUGCCCCCGCCCGCCCCACAGAGCCUCGCCGAGGAGAUACCAGAGCUGGCGUCCACCGGUCCGUUUUGGCGAUCCCGGGACAGCUCGCAAGGGUUCGGAAAGUUCCAGACGCGGUCGGUCUCCUUGGAUACGGGGCUGUCGUGGGAGGAGGACGACGGGCGGCUGGAUGGCGUGCUGAUGGCGGGCAGAGCGGCUCGCAGGUGCCAGUGCCAGUGUCUCUGCUGCACACAGCACGGCCCACACACAGACCUGUCACAGCCAGCCUCCGCUCUCCCCUAUUCUCUGGACGAGCUGGAGGGCAUGGUGCGGGGCGUGAAGAGGUUCCGCGAUGUCCUCACCGACGUGGAGGAGCGGCUGGGUCACGAACAGGCCUCGGUGUACGAGGACCUCUCAGUCACCGACAGGGAGGAGGUGAGGGACGUGCUGGAGCUCAGGGCUGCGGUCAAGCAGGAGGCUCGGGAGCUAGAGCUGCAGCUGGCUGACCUGGUCCAGCACUACGACGGCAGCGUCAAAAUGAAGAUCAGCAGGCUUCUGGAUGAACAGUCUCAUCUCUGCUCUCAGCUGAAGAUACAGCCCUCAGAUAGGCCCCGCCCAUAUCCCGCCUCCAGCAGAAGUGUGGCCAUUCAGUGUAGCCUGCUGCCUGUGACGGACACGAUUGACCCCCAGCCCCCUCCCCAUGACUUAAGUCGCAGCACAAAGCAAGGCAAGCUGGACUUCGUAGGGUUCAUCCAAAAUCUGAAGAAUUCGAUCCACCAGUCCAUCAGUAAUGACUCGCUGGAGUGAAGCUAAAUAAGCUAUAUGAUCCGCUGCCAACUUGAAGAUGUCUUCCUCUUGAAACUAAUUUAUUCCCUCCAACAAUUGCCUUCGUCCGCCUACUGCCUUUUUAUUUUUUAAUGAGGACGAGAGCGCAGUCUUCCAAGCACAAGAAAGUCUUCUGUUCAAGUCCAAUUAAAGCAACUUAAAAAACAAGUCCUCCAUGCCUGU